UCUUUGCUUCUGUUUUUGUUUUUGUUUUUAAAGCAGUGCCUGCCUUUUAACCGUAAACUUGACAACACUGCUAUCAACUGUUUAUGUGCUUGUUCUUCACAACAACAAUAAUAAUAAUUACAUUAAAGUUCCAUGGUACACCUGAUAGACCAAAGCAACAUACGCAUCAAGUUCGAUAUAUUGUUGGGCAAGAAUUUCCGCAUUCGACGUUGAACGUUAUUAAGGCCGUCAACUUUUCUGUUCAGGUGCUGAGAAUGUGGACCAUUAGUAUUACUAAAAAACGUUCGAAAUUAAUUGCCAUUGGUGUUGUUCUACUGAUAUUAAUUAUUAUUCUUUACAAAACUUCAGUUUGUUGCAAGUUUUUAUCAUCCAGUGAAGAUCGCAAAUCCACGAUUAUUUCCAGUGCAUUGAAGCAAGAUUUAUUAGCAAACUAUAUGCAACAGCAGAAGGUAUUGCAGCAGCAACGAUUGGAAUUACAAAAGACACAUGAACAACUGGCCAGGCUGGAAGAAGAUUUGCGUGCUAUGCAAGCGCGUACACCGCGAAAAUAUCCUAAAGUGCAAUAUCAAAAUUAUAAAAAUCGCAAACGAAUUUUAAUAACUGGCGGUGCAGGAUUUGUUGGCUCGCAUUUAGUGGAUGUUCUAAUGAUGGCCGGCCAUGAAAUCAUUGUCGUGGAUAAUUUUUUCACAGGCCGUAAACGUAAUGUGGCGCACUGGUUGGGUCAUGAGAAUUUUGAGCUAAUACAUCAUGAUAUUGUCAAUCCUUUAUUUAUAGAAGUCGAUGAAAUUUAUCAUUUAGCUUCUCCGGCCAGUCCGCCGCAUUAUAUGUUCAAUCCAGUGAAAACAAUUAAAACCAACACAAUGGGAACGAUUAAUGUAUUGGGCUUAGCUAAACGUGUAAUGGCAAAAGUCCUGAUUGCGAGCACAUCAGAGGUAUAUGGGGAUCCAAAGGUGCAUCCCCAACCUGAAACCUAUUGGGGUCAUGUUAAUCCUAUAGGGCCGAGAGCCUGUUACGAUGAAGGUAAACGUGUUUCGGAGACGCUGAGUUACGCUUAUGCCAAACAGGAAAAAGUGCAAGUGAGAGUGGCACGUAUAUUCAAUACUUAUGGUCCGCGCAUGCAUAUGAAUGAUGGACGAGUUGUCUCGAAUUUCAUUUUGCAGGCAUUACGCAAUGAAACCAUAACAGUUUACGGUAAUGGAAAGCAAACUAGAGCUUUUCAAUAUGUCUCGGAUCUGGUGGACGGUUUAAUCGCCUUGAUGAAUUCCAAUUAUACACAACCCAUUAAUUUAGGUAAUCCUGUUGAGCACACCAUCGAAGAAUUCGCUGUUAUAAUUAAAGAUUUGGUGGGCGGACAAAGCGAAGUGAAACAAACGGAAGCAAUGGAAGACGACCCACAAAGACGUAAGCCUGACAUAACUAGAGCAUUAAAAUAUCUUAACUGGGAACCAAAAGUACCUCUAAAAACAGGACUUAUACGAACUAUAGACUAUUUUCGAACAGAACUCGAACGUUCAGAUCGUAAUGCUGCAAACUCGAAAAAAUUCUUCGAAUCUCGUGACAUGCAACGUAGUCAAAGAUCCCGUUUUAAUUUUGAUCCUGGGAACGAUUAGUGCUAGAUGUAAAUUCAUUUGCUAGAAAAUAAGAAAAUUGUAUCCUAUAGAAAAUAUUAAGAGAUUAUAGAGGUUGUUUGUUCAUUUGUUAUUUCUUUCUCCGCCGCAAGAUAAAUCUAGUCUGUAAUAUUGUAAAUAGUUAGAUGAGUUAAGGAUUAGAUUAUGUAAGCAUAUUAUUUUCUACACAUAUAGACAACUUU